AUGGAGGAGGAGCUGACGCUGGUGGGGUACUGGUCGAGCCCGUUCGUUCUGCGCGCGCGCUUCGCCCUCAACCUCAAGGGCCUCCCCUACGCGUACGUGGAGGAGGUGGGCCUCUUCGACGGCAAGAGCCCGCUCCUCCUCGCCUCCAACCCCGUGCACAAGAGGGUGCCGGUGCUCAUCCACAACGGCAAGCCCGUCCCCGAGUCGCAGCUCAUCGUGCAGUACCUCGACGAGGCUUUCCCGGCCAGCUCCCCGCGCCUCCUCCCUCGCAACCCGCACGAGCGCGCCGUCGCCCGCUUCUGGGCCUCCUACGUCGACGGCGAGCUGCUCAGCGCGUGGCUGCCCGUCUACGGCGGACGCACCGGCGAGGAGAGGGCGGAGGCGGCGGGGCGGGUCGGCGCCGCCCUGGAGACGCUGGAGCGAGCGUUUGGGGAGUGCUCCAAGGGGAAGGGCUUCUUUGGCGGGGACACGGUGGGGCUCGUGGACGUCGUGCUCGGCGGCUUCGUCGGGUGGCUGCACACGUCCGAGGCCAUGUGCGGCGUGAGGCUGCUCGACGCCGCCGCGACGCCGCUGCUGGCGGCCUGGGCGAAGCGGUUUCGCGCGCUCGACGGCGUCAAGGAGGUGAUGCCGGAUGCGCAGAGGCUGCUCGAGUACAACCUGAUGAGGCGAGCUCGCCUCGGGCUGCCGCCGACCUCGCCGCCGCCGUCACAGCACCAAUAG